GCAACCCCCGGAGUGCACAGUUUCGCGCUCUCCGAGCAAGAGUGGCCAAGAGCGAGUGAAACGUGCGCUUGAGCGAUCGAGCGAGCGCGACGGGGGGCUGAAGGUGGGCAGGUGGGAGAUGAGGGAGGGGUGGUGAGAGAGGAAGGGUGAGAAAAGCUCCACGGCUCCGACCAGCGAGAGAGCAAGGCUGGUGUACUCCGUAUGCGCGCACACAUCGGCAAGUGGAGAUUCCGCGCGGAGAUGAGCGUACGAGCGGUCGCCGUCGUCCCGUGUGUCCCGUCCCUUCCCCGAUGACGCUGUGUCCCGCGAGGAGGACUCCGCGCGCGGAGCAGGAGGAUAUCACCGCUACCGCCGGCAGGACGCGGGAGACGCCGUCGCUGAGGACCGUUCUUCCUUGCUCCUGGCGGCAGUGACCAUGGCGCCCGUCCUGCCGUGUAAACAGUGCUCCAGCGAAGAAUGCGACCCGUUUCCUGGACUGAUGAUGCUGCCGUCGUGUGCCUGCUGACGAGCGAACGGAGCAUCCGGAGGUCAAAGGUGAUGGCACGUGUCACGCGUCCUCGACAAAAAAUGGCGAACACGACUGAUUCAUCCGCGACGGCCGGCGGCAGCCUUCUCUCGUCCUCGUCAGCGACGCCGUUCACCACUUCAUCGACAUCGUCGGCGACCUACUCAAGCGAAAGUUACACCCUCAAUUACAGCGGUCUGCCUAACCUGGGCGGCUACUCGCUGGACGACUUCAACUACACAGAAUUAUGGAUGGACGUCUGGAACGGCACCGAGGUGAACAAUGUCACCGAGAGACUGAACGCGACGGUGAUGAUACCGGAUGGCUACUGCAACGAAUGGGAGACCGCUCAGCACAAACUCUUUCAGGCGGCGAAUUUGUUUUUCGCGGCUGCGUUUCUGGUGCCGCGCUCGUUCAAGGCUUCCGUCUUCGUCCUUCGCGCGCUUCUCACGGCGGGCUUUAUGUUGGCGGGCAUCUGGGCUGGAUUCACUAUAUGUUCUCUGGAUAUCGUGGUGUGGUCCUUCUUCCUCGGUCUCGUGAACGGCAUUUACUCGCUGAUACUCGCCUGCCGGUUUCUACCUCCGGCUCUUAGUCCCGAGCUAGCCGAGCUUUACCUGAAGCUCUUCAAGCCCUACAAGGUCAGCAAGAAACAUUUCCAGGAGCUGGCGAAGGAGGCGAGGAUACUCAAGCUGGAUUCCGAUCAGACUUAUGCGACGGAAGGGAUCACGCAAGCGGAUAAAAGGCUGUCUAUUCUUUUGCGUGGAAAGGCUCGUUACUCGCAUCAAUACUGGUCGCCGGUGGUGGCGAAUCAUUUUCCAUCGUCCUCGCCGUUUAUUCAGAGCCAAAACCUCGGCUACUCGUUACUGCCGCAGGGUGUUCAGUUCUCACCGCCCCCGCGAGCGUCCACGUUGUCCCACCAGUCUCCCGUGGCGCGGCAACGAAGCGGGGGUGCUAGCGGCGAUUACACCCUGCUACCUCAGACACCGAAGCUCGAGAGGAAGCGAUCGAGAAAAGGGGCUAGAGAGGUGACUUUCGAGACACCGGUAUGACGCUCGCCCGACGGGGAAGGGCCUGCUAGCGUACCUCUGCUCGCACUGUCAUCGCAGCGCUCCGCCUAGCCCCGUCGUGGUCUCGUCGUCAUCCUGGGACACGUCGCAAAACUCACCCUUUAAACUUCCGAUCGACGUGAUAUCAAACGAAUGGCCUACUUCCUCGCCAGGGGAGGGAGAAAAUGCGACGGUUUCCGUACCGCAAAAAUUACAGAUGCGUUUCGACGGGCAAAGACGAAGUUGUUGGGUGAAGUUUUGACGUUGUGUGCAAUUGAUUUUCAUAUCCUGCAAGUGCCACACCUUAUACACAGACACACAUGCAUAUGUGAAAACGAAACCGCGAUGGCGGCCGUGAGGAAAGAAAUUUCGAUGUCUUUUGACCGCAUCCGGGGGCACAUCCUCUCAGAAUGGACCGAGAGGUUCGAGUGUUUCGAAGGAGACGAGCAUGUUCGUCCGCGAGUUAACGUGAAGAGUAGAAUAAGCGAUAAAGAAAAUCGUAAACGAAAGACUAAAUUAUAGGUAUAUUGUAUUAAUGAGCAUCGCCUCUGUGUACACUUUUACAUCGACUGUGAUUACAACGGAUAUUAUUAUUAAGUCUUUCAGAGAAAUGCUGAUUAUAUAUACACAUACAGAGAGACACUUGCAUAAUUAGUUAUCGCGUUAAUCACACACGCAUAUCCUGCGCUUGCGUGAGUUUGGUGCCCUUCGCGAGUAAAACGGCUUUCAGUUUCGCUAAUUUUGUAUAUUCGAAGAUUCGAAAUUCCAUAGAGCUUUAUUCUCCUUUCAGAAGGUAAUUCCGUGAAACUGAUUACCGCUUUAUAAACCGUUAGACUUUUGCUACGUAGAUUGUGUUAGAUCUUCGUGUUGUUAUAUACAUAUGGAAAUUGAAAUAUUCUACAUAUAAUGAUAGUAUCAUCAGAGCGAAGGACACUUGAACAGCGCAAUUUGUGGUCGGAAUCAUUGCAUAAAAUUAUAGUGCAUAAAAUGCGCAUUUACUAUAAAUGUGAUAAGUCAAGAAGACACACACACAGCAGUUUCUAUGCGAAAUCAGCAAGCGGAUAAUUGCAUUUGCACUCUCUUAAUCAAAUGUAAAGCGCGUUAAACAAAUAAACGAGGGAAAAAAAAAAUAAAUCGAAAGGCAAAUCGAAUAAUCCAGAUAUAAAACAAUAAGUGCUUCGUUAAAAAAAAAAAAAACCUGCAAUAAAGUGCUUCGAGAAAAGUAGUUGAAUCGCGAAACACAAAUUAUAAAGCAAAGUUUACUUAUUCACGUAAAAAACGAAAAGAAAAAACUAACAUGCGUUGUGCGUAAUAGACAAGUAGAAAAAGAAAAAAAAACAUGUGUGUUUGUAUGUUUCUAUGUUUAUAUAAUCGCCGCGUGUGAGAGCGAGACCGUAGAGUGGUCAACAAAGACGCACAAACGAUUAAACAAAAA